AUGAAGAAAAUUCAACUCGAUGAAACUACAGAAGAUUUAGAAACUUGCAAGGGAUCCAAAGAUGUUGAAAUGACAACUGCAGAUGAAACUACAACAAGUAAACAUGAGGAGGUAGAAGGUGACAUCGAGAACCACAAGGCCAAUAAUGAAAUAUUGGAAGCCAAGAGCUUGCUUCAGAUUGAUCAUGAGGUGCAUCGAACUGAAAAUUCCUCCAAAAUUAUUGCAAAUAAGCCAGUACAGUACGCAGCUCUUUGUGACGUAUUUGAAAAAUUAGAGGAAGAGACCGGUAGAUUGAAGAAUUUAGCUAUAGCCUCCGAAUUUUUCUGUGAUAUACUAAAAAGGGGUGUCAAUCAGGAUGUGGCCGAACAAAAUCUCAUAGAAGUGACUUAUCUCAUGAUCAACAGAUUAGGACCGGACUAUGAGCCCGACUUGGAGUUGGGAUUGGGAGAAACUCUUUUGCUUAAAGCUUUGGCUCAAAGUACUGGAAGAGAGCUGAGACACAUCAAAGAUGAUUAUCAUAAGGCUGGGGACAUAGGAAAGGUUGCUCAAAUUUCUCGAUCCAGACAGCCUAUUAUGUUCAAACCUAAACCUCUCACCAUCCAUCAGGUGUUUCAAAAUUUGGCGGAAGUUGCCAAAUCCACGGGUAAUUCUUCUCAAUCCCGGAAAAUAGGUAUCAUCAAUAGAAUGCUAGCUGCUUGUGCAGGUCAGGAGGCGAAAUUUCUAAUGAGAUCCCUUGAGGGUAAAUUGAGAAUCAACUUCGGCGAGAAGUCUGUUCUUGUCGCAUUGGCCAAGGCAUUCGCGGAGUUUGAAUGUGGUACGGGUAACCAUUCUGAGUCUGAGGCUGAUCUCAAUGCUUUGGUGCGCGCACAGGAUCAGAUUAAAGAGGCAUUUGCACAAACCCCAAACUAUGAAAUGAUCAUACAUAACUGCUUGAAGUAUGGAGUUGGCCAUGUGGCAGAGCAUUGCACCCUCAAGCCUGGUAUUCCUGUGAAGCCGAUGUUGGCUAAGCCUACGAAGUCCAUUACCGAGAUUAUGGAUACAUUGCAAGACCGUAAGUUUACCUGUGAGUAUAAAUAUGAUGGUGAACGUGCACAAGUUCACCUAUUACCUGACGGAAGUAUGAGGGUCUAUUCUCGUAACUCGGAAAACAUGACCGAGAGAUAUCCCGAUUUGAUUCCAGUUAUUGAUGAAUUACGGGCGAAGAAUCCAGAGAUUCGGUCCUUGAUUUUGGAUUCUGAAUGCGUUGCAUGGAAUCUGGAAUCGCAUGAGAUUCUUCCGUUUCAAAUUUUGGCCACCAGAAAGCGUAAGGAAGUUCAAGAGAAAGACAUCAAAGUCCGCGUUUGCUUAUUUGUCUUUGAUGUUCUUUACUUCAAUGGAGAGUCAAUAAUUCAAAAGCCUUUGAAUGAAAGGAGAGAGUAUCUCGAUAAGCACGUGAUUGAGAUUCCCGAAAAGCUUCAGUUUGCUACGAGACUGGAUUCGACAAGUGUCGAUGAGAUGUCUGCCUUUCUAGACCAAUCUGUCCAUGACUCAUGUGAAGGUUUAAUGAUUAAAGCUCUAUUUGGAAAAGAGUCGCACUACGAGCCUUCAAAAAGAUCCAAGUAUUGGCUUAAGCUUAAGAAGGAUUACCUUGAAGGGGUGGGAGAUUCACUAGAUUUAGUCGUGAUAGGUGGUUAUAUUGGUAAAGGUAAAAGAACCGGAUGGUACGGAGGAUUUCUUUUAGCAUCUUAUAACCAGGACACAGGUGAAUACGAGUCCAUUUGCAAGAUCGGUACAGGUUUCAGUGAAGAGCUAUUGGCCAGUCUCACAGAGCAAUUGAAGCCCAAAGAAACACCAAAGCCCAAGCCUUCUUACGUAUAUGAUAAGGAUAACUCCAAUGCUGAACCCGAUGUCUGGUUUGAACCUUCCAUGGUGUUUGAAGUCAAAGUGGCAGAUUUGACCACAUCUCCUUUAUAUAAAAGUGGGGCUUCUUAUUUUGGGAACAGGGAUAAAGGUAUCUCACUUAGAUUUCCCCGCUUUAUCCAGAUCAGAACGGAUAAGGCCACCGAAGAUGCAACUAGUAGCGAGCAAAUUGUAGAGAUGUAUGAGAGCCAAGCGGUGGUUCAAUCUUAA